AUGUCCGACCCGACUGUCAGUGAGCGUCGAAUCCGUCCUAUUCAGGAUGCAGUUGCGAGUGCGAACUGGAAGCAGGCACUUCAGCUGUGCGACAAAUGGUCCAAGAAGGGCGAGAAGUCGGAUAGGUUUCUGGCUCUAAAAGCCUUCGUCCUCGUUAAUCAACCCGACAAAGCCCAGCAUGACCGAGGGCAGACCGAGGUGCUUGACUUGUGCAAGCGAAGUCCCGCCGUCACCGACCCUGAAGCCAUCUACCAGCUUCAAGAUGCGCUCAAGAGUCUGUCGCUGCGAGACGAGGGGCCCAAAUUGUGGGAAAGGGCGGUGACAGCGAAACAAAAUGACAAGGAUCUCUAUAUGAGAUGGCUGAACCAAGCUGUUCUCGACAACAACUGGAUCAGCGCUCAAAAGGCCACCAUGGGGUUGCGAAAGUCCUUUCCAAAGGAAAGAAACUACGAAUUCUGGAACAUCAUGAUGUGCCAUUUGAUACACAUGCAGAACGACCUCCCGGAGAAAGAAAGGACGCUCUUCGGAACCCUUGCAUACCGGAUGAUAUCCAAGGCAGCAGAAACUAUCCUGCCCGACCAGGAGGAUGGACUCGCUUCUGGGAAGGCGAUCUCGACACCGGAAGAACUCGCUCUGCUCGUUCAAGUCUUCAAUUCAACCAACCGAUCAGCAGAGACUGUGAAACUCUUGCAAGGCAACUCACUGGGGAUUGGAUCAUCGGUCGGCAAACAGGACCCCCAGCUUGUUUUGACUUUGCUCCUUGAAUCCCUGGAACUAUCAGGGCAAUGGGAUGAAGCCCUCUCCUCGUGUCACAACCUUCUUUCACAGCCGGAAUACCAGUCGGAUGGCCGGAUCUGGCAGCUAUGGCUAACGGCGCUGUCAAAGCUCCCUGCUGAUAGGUUUGAACAAAAAUUCCAAGAACUACUAGACUCUGUUUGUCGCAUCAACCCCCCAGUCCGAGCCGCAUAUAUGGCAAAAAUGCAAUAUCUGCGAAGCCGGGGGGGCGAAACCGAACUGGAUACCUUGCUGCAGACCUGUAAAGACUACUCGCGCGCCUUCUGUCAGAAAGCGUUCUGUUUCGAUGACUUGACAGAGUCUCUUCGACAUCUUGAUAAACCCCGACUUGACGAUUUUACGAACUCCUGUUCCGAAGAAGAUACUCUCUCACAACUGUUUCGACUGAAGCUCGCAUAUAGUUCUUUACCUGCCGAUGUUUCACGAAGAGAUCUGCUAGCUUUCAUAUCUCAAGCAUUGCAACUCUACCAAGUAUCGCUCUCCGAUUCCAACGGUUGUCCGGAAGCAGCUAUUUUAGCUGUAAUGGCCAUAUUGAAGCUGUCAUCUGUAGGAGAAACACGAAGCACCUUCUUCGCGGUUGUUCUCCUUCAAAUUGCCCGGUCCAGGUUUGAAGAUUUUUAUCUGUUCAGUAUUCUUCUUGGGCAGACACAAGCCCAUUCUGGCCUGCUAUCUCUGGCACUGGAAACUUUCACCAGACUCAGUAUCAAGAACCUGCAAUUCGAAUCGGUGGGCCAUCUCAUCAUGACGAGGAUAUCCUCACUACAUCCAAUGCCAAGUGCUCCAGGAGAUGACAUAUACGAUCCACUCAGAAUCAUUGACACCGGUCUAACAGUCCUGGAGAAUGCAGACAUUGCUCUCGUGCGUGGAAUUCGCGAAGGUUUGAGAUUUAAUAGUUACUCCAACAUCUACAACAGCGUCGCGAUGCGAUCCGAUAUCGAACGAAGUCUCAAUCGGCAGAUCUAUGCCAUCGAGGAGCGAAAGCUGAGACGGUCUCUAGGGCUAUCAGAGGAGACCGUGCUGCCACCUGGUCCUUCCACUCUGGUGGACAACAGAGACUUCAGCUACUUGCCAUCUUAUCGUCCCGACGAUUCGGAGCUACUGGCCCGUUUUCGAUGCGGUCCGCUGCCCAAGGAGAAAUGGAUCCUUGCCAUGGCGCUGUGCGACAACGUCGCGACCUAUCUUAAAGCAGAACUCGUUUCGCAGACACCGCUGGCGCUGCAGGCAUUGGAGACUCUCAAACAAUCCCAGCUUAAUCUGGAGAGACUCCGCGAGGAAAUGGAGACGGAAUUAACCACGGCAGAAAGGUGGAGCUUUCAGUGUCAUCAAAUGCUUUCUCAGGCAACCAUUCUGGUAAAAGAAGGCACUGCAGUCAAAGACAAUAUUCUCGGGCUUCUUGAGGAGCUCAAAUCCAGGCUAACCACAAGGCUGACCGAGCGCAAGAACCGGCAACCUGGUUGGACACUGGCAGGCGUCCGGAUACCGAUAUGGGAGGAUCUCCAUACGAGCCUGACCGAGCUGGAGACGGUGCAAGUCAUUGCCAUGCUGCUGGCUGUUCUGGCCAAACGGCCCAAGUCGAAACCCAAGGCCUUUGCCGUACCACAGGAGACGCUGACGGAGCUCCAGAAGCUGGUCGUGGAAAUAGAGCGUGCGGUCCACGACGAUGCGCGGGACCUGAAGAGCCAGAUUAAUGCGCCGGGCGUCCUAGGCAAAUUGGUAGACACGGGGCUGGCCAGGGACGACGCCGGCGACCUGGCCGAGUUGGCAGCUCUGCUGGAAAUGCUGUGCGACGAAGUCACGAUGGAGACGAUCUGCGGAGACAUGAAGGAGAGCUGGGAUGAUGCCUUGGAUGGAGUUCUGGCCGUAAAAGUCAAGUUCUACAAGUGA